CCUCACAAACAUCAGACCCCACCUUCCGCAGCUUUCUCCUCUUGAGGAUUUCCAAUUGUCGACUUUUCCCAUUCUCAAUAGAUAUACGCGUCUAAAGUGCUCGAAAUAGAAGACAACGAUCAACCGAUACGCAACUAGAAUUUCUCGCUAACUUACCAUCUCCCAUCCGAAGUAACAAAACGGCGCAAUGGCUACUGAUAUGGUGACACCCGAAGUCCUCUGGGCGCAACGCUCGUCCAAGACCGACGCCGAGAAGAACUUCAUCUACCUCACCAUCAGCGUACCCGACGUGCCCGCGUCAAACCUCAAGCUGGACCUGAAGCCCACCGGCCUCACAUUCACGGGCCACUCGGACACGCUCAAAAAGACGUACCACCUCGAGCUCGAGUUCUACGCCGAGAUCGACCCGGAGGCCAGCAAGGUGAACCACUCGGCGCGCGACGUCGAGAUGAAGCUGCGCAAGAAGGAGCUCAACGAGGCCUACUGGCCCCGCCUGCUCAAGGAGGCCAAGAAGGUGCACUUCCUCAAGACCGACUUCGACAAGUGGGUCGACGAGGACGAACAGAACGAGGCGGCUGAUGAUGACUUUGCCAACUUUGGCGGUGGUAUGGGCAUGGGGGGACUGCCGGGUAUGGGUACGUACCGAACCGCUUGAGAGGACCAUCACAUUAGGUUCUGUGUGCGCUUGGAAGGGAGCGAUACUUGGUGAACGAGGGGACUUGCACUGGACAGUGACA